AUGACCGCUAAGAAUAAGGUUGGGAUGAUUGAUGGAACGGUGGCAAGGCCACCGGAAGGAGACCCAAAUCGGGCGAAAUGGGAAAUCUCCAACGCCUUAGUAAUAUCCUGGAUCUUCAAUACGUUGGAUUCGAAGCUCCAAUCCAGCGUGGCCUGUGCGACGGUGGCUCAGGACCUGCUGGAGGAUCUCAGAGAGAGAUAUUCGCAAGGGAAUGAGACAAGGAUUUAUCAAUUAAAAGCAGAGAUCGGAAAAUUGAAGCAGGACGGCAUGACAAUUCCGAGAUAUUACUCUCGGCUGAAGGGGCUUUGGGAUGAAUUAGACAAUUACCUCCAAAUUCCGGCGUGCACCUGUUCGGCGGCCAAAACGUAUGCGGCUCAGAGAGAACGGGAGAAAAUUCAUCAAUUCUUGAUGGGAUUAGGGUCAGAAUAUGCAACGGUGAGGUCGAAUAUCCUCAGCCACGAACCGGCCCACUCUCUGAACAAGGUACAUGCCCUAAUUCUGCAUGAAGAGAGACAAAAAAUGGUGGCUUUGUCUCAUGAGAAUACUACACCAGAUGCUGCAGUAUUUCUGAGCAAACUUACUGGGAACAAAGCGGAGAUGCAGGGCAGUGGCGGAACCUCGGGCUACGGAGGACAGAUAGGAGGUAGAGGAGGGACGAGCAAGACUUGCUACCACUGUGGCCGUCCCGAGCAUCUCAAGAAUUCCUGCUGGUUGCUCCAUGGCUUCCUGGGUACCUGGGAUUCAAAGAAGGAAAAGGGAAAAUGA